GUUCGCCUCACAACCGGGCGGAAAGCCGCGCGGCCGGCGGCGGGAGGCGGAGCAGGGGGAAUAGUGGCUUCCGCCUUCCCGCCGUCGCCCGUCGGUGGUGGUGGUGGUGGUGGUGGUGGUGCGAGGGGAGCGGAGCCGGGAGUUGGCGGGGUGCCGCUGCAGCGAUGGCGUCGCUGCUGCCGCGCAUCGAGCGGCUCUCGUCGCGGGUGGUGCGGGUGCUGGGCUGCAACCCGGGGCCCAUGACGCUGCAGGGCACCAACACCUACCUGGUGGGCACCGGGCCCAGAAGAGUCCUUAUUGACACUGGGGAGCCAGCUACUCCUGAAUAUAUUGGCUGUUUAAAGCAGGCACUGUCAGAGUUCAGCAUCUCAAUUCAAGACAUUUUAGUGACUCACUGGCAUUAUGAUCAUAGUGGUGGAAUACCUGAUAUCUGCAAAAACAUCUCUAAUGACUCUGAAUAUCGCAUCUGUAAGCUUCCUCGUGUCCCUCACCGUGAAGAAAUAAUAGAAGGAGGACGUGAAUAUUUUUAUCUUAAAGAGGGAGAUGUGAUACAGACAGAAGGAGCCACACUCAGAGUUUUAUAUACACCUGGACACACUGAUGAUCAUAUGGCUUUACAUCUAGAAGAAGAAAAUGCUGUGUUUUCUGGUGACUGUAUUUUAGGGGAAGGAACAACAAUAAUUGAAGACCUGUAUGAUUACAUGAAAACUCUGAAAAGGUUGUUACAAAUGAAACUAGAUUUAAUAUAUCCAGGUCAUGGCCCAGUAGUACGUGAUGCAAAUACUAGAAUCCAAGGCUACAUUUCUCACCGAAUUGCCCGUGAACAGCAAAUUCUAAAUGUUUUCCAGACGAAUGCUGGAAAAUCAUAUACAUCCUCAGAGCUUGUAAAGCUAGUAUACAAGGACAUCCCUGAAAAUUUACUUCGAGCAGCAGAACAUAACCUCCUAGUCCACUUGAAGAAGUUGGAAAAAGAAGGCAAAGUGUUACAUGAGGCAUCUUCCAGCUUCAGAUGGAGAAACAAUUUAUAAGCUAUGCAAGAUUGCUCAAGAAUAUUUUUAAUCUGCACAUUACAGCAUGAGAAAAUAAAAUUAUGAUCUCAGACAAUAUGUAAAAUAAAAACUAAUUCUUCCUUUUUUUAAAUUGGUAACACAAUUUUAAAGCAAUGUCACAGUCGGUUAACUAAUGUUUUUCAUAUUUUUCUUUAUGGGAAUUUUAAAAAUUACCUGAUAGGUACUGAGUUAAUAAAAUGGAAUUAGUGUGAAGAACUGAAUGUUACCUCUGCUAUAAAAGACCCAGCUUUAUCAUCGCGGUGGGAGAAAACAAAUAGCAAGGUCUUAUAAACUUAAUGAAUCAGACAUAUAAAAAAAUCUCUAGUAAAAAAAAAUUGAAAAGAUGUUAUUCUAAACCUGUUUUCAUUUGCUUGUGCUUCCCAAAAAGUUAUUUUCUAGUAAGUUAUCUGUACAUUCUAAAAACCAAGUUAUUUUUGUUAACAGAUGUAAAUACUGGGGUUUGUAUUCCUUUUCUAUUUUAGCUGCCUGUGCACAUCUUUGGUGGUUGCUCACUGCAAUAGGAUUUAGCAAACACUGAAAGUAAUUCCAGACUUCUCUGGAAAUGUGGAAUUCUUUCAAAGGAUUCAUUAAUUCUAACUAAUCAGUGUCAAUGCACAGAGUCGGAGCAGACGCUUGCAUUCUUUAUCUUACAGGAUUCUGCAAGAAUGUGAUUAAAAAGCUGUAUAAAUUGAGAUAUGUAUUACACACCACAUGAAGUUAAGUUUGUCUAUCACUUUAUAACUAACAAGCUUCAAGUUUUGCUAUUAAAUCCAUUUAAACUACAAAUAUUUUAACUAAAGGUUGUAUUUGGUGGUAAGAUACUGUAUAGUGUAUUAAAAUAUAACAUUUGAAGAUUGAACUGCAAGUUCAUUUCUCUGUGUAGCUUAAACUUUCAGAGUAGUGUAUAAAUAUUUGCAUUACUUGCAUUCAAGUUUUUAUGAUAUAUACACUUCUUAAUGCUGGCUCAACCUUAAAAAAAACAAAACAAAACAAAACCAACCCAAACUACCAAAGACAACUAUAUGUCCCUGAAAAUCCUUGAAAACCUUUCACCAUUCAGUCCUGUACCUUCAUUUGUGAAACAUGCAUAUGUUUGGGUAUUUAAGGCAUGUCUUAAUAAUUAUCAUUAUUUUAUGAAGUUGAUGGCAUUUCUUCUAAUCAGCUGAGCCAAAUCCAGUACAAAAGUACUUCAAGGAACAGCAAUCCAAAACUGAAAUCAUAUUCUGAAGUAGUAACCAGACACCUGAAGAGUGGAAAUAAUAACUUUCUGCUCUAUUAAAAUGAUGCUUUUUGUGAACUUCAUUUAUCUGAUUUUUGGCCACGUCAUGACUCUUGCUCACUUUUAACUUUAUGUGCAGUGCCAUUUUGAGGUCUUUCCAUAAUUACUCAGAAGCUUUCACGUGGACUUCUUGCCAUUAAUAAUUAUUGUUUUCCUGUAGCUAUUUCAUGAAUUUAUAGUUACCUUUUCCAUUGUUAGGAAUGAAGAUAUAAUUAUCAGUGUUUUCUUUUAAAAAACCUUAAUUCACAUGCUCUGAAUGAUGUCAUUUUGCUUCAGGAAAAUAGAAAGAUCAGUGAAAUGGCACAGUUUUCUGUCAUGAGGUCUGAGAACGUAAGCCAGCAGGAAACUCAUAUGAAGAGGUGAUGUCUCAUUACCUUUCUGAGCCAAAUAAGAAAUCUCCUGUCAGGCAAAAUGUCACUGAAGCAUUUUCUUCUGGUUUACUACACUUCAUUUUUAAAUAUAUGGAAAUGGCUUUAGAAUUCAGUUCAGGUAUCAUUGGAACUUGCAGGCAGCAAAGAAAGCAAGAAGAUACAAAUCAGAGAAUUCUGUGCACCGUGCUGUGCUGCAGCAGAUGCCUGACAUUCUCAAAAAAAGUGAGGGAGAUUGCAGUUUAACCAGACUUGUGAUUAAUGAUUGUGUAUGGUGUCUCUGGAAUAUUAAAAGCAGAGGUUGCACUGUUACUAAAAUGUAUAUACAAUAAAGGAUACUUAUAUCUGCUAUGACAUGUUGCAAAAGUCUAAAGACUCCUUGUUGAUGGUGAGAUUAUAAGUCAGAAGGAGUGUUUAUUUAAAAAGAGUGGUAAUGUAAGCUAUAUGCCAUGUAUGUAUGAAAAGAGGGAUUAGCCUGUUUACGUCCGUUGUAUUGAAUACAUUCAUCUGUGCAGAAUGCAUUAAAAGUUAAGAAUAAAAACAA